GCAAAUUUGGAACUGAGAUUGCCAUUCAAUUUACCCGUUUUUUCUUCCCCUCUGCAAAACCCUACCGCCAUCUGCAAUUUCUAAAGUGAAAACGAAACCCUAAUCGGCAUCGAGUUUACUCAAUCGGAGUUUGCGGAGAUGGACUCGCACCUAACCGCACCGAACCGCUCUCGUAGCUCCCAGACCCCUUCCCCAUCUCACUCUGCCUCCGCCUCUGCUACUUCCUCCCUCCACAAGCGCAAACUCGCCGCUGCUGCGUCCGAAGACCACGCGCCUCCUUCCUCUUUACCUCCCUCGUCCUUCUCCGCCGACACUCGAGACGGUGCUCUAACCUCCAAUGACGACCUCGAGAGCAUCUCCGCACGGGGGGCUGACUCUGAUUCUGAUGCUGAUGACUCAGAGGACGCCGUCGUGGACGACGAUGACGACGACUUUGACCACGACAAUGAUUCCUCCAUCCGUACUUUCACCACUGCUCGCCUAGAGUCUGGGGGUGGUGGCUCCGCCUUGGUUCGGAACACGAAGCUCAAGACCGAAAAUUCCACGGUUAAGAUUGAGAAUGCCGAUGGAGGAAAAGACGGGGGAGCCCCUGGGUCUGGGUCAGUUGGACCCACCGGGGCUACCGCAGCAGUUGGGAGUACAAUGGCGGGGAUUGCAACAAAGGAAGACGUUAAGAUAUUUACUGAGAAUAUACAGACUAGUGGAGCUUAUAGUGCUAGAGAAGAGAGCUUGAAAAGAGAGGAAGAAGCGGGAAGACUCAAGUUUGUUUGCUAUUCAAACGAUGGUGUUGAUGAGCAUAUGAUUUGGUUGAUUGGAUUGAAGAAUAUAUUUGGAAGACAACUACCCAAUAUGCCAAAAGAGUACAUUGUUCGCCUUGUGAUGGACAGAAGCCAUAAGUCUGUGAUGGUUAUUAGACGGAAUCAGGUUGUUGGUGGCAUCACAUAUCGCCCAUAUGCCAGCCAAAGGUUUGGGGAAAUUGCUUUUUGUGCAAUCACAGCUGAUGAACAAGUAAAAGGUUAUGGCACCAGACUGAUGAAUCAUUUAAAACAGCAUGCACGUGACGUUGAUGGACUAACACAUUUUCUGACGUAUGCUGACAAUAAUGCUGUUGGUUAUUUUAUCAAACAGGGUUUUACCAAAGAGAUUCACUUGGAGAGGGAUCGAUGGCACGGGUAUAUUAAAGACUAUGAUGGAGGAAUCCUUAUGGAAUGUAAAAUCGACCCCAAGCUUCCAUAUACUGAUUUAUCAACCAUGAUUCGUCGUCAGCGACAGGCAAUCGAUGAAAAGAUUAGGGAGCUCUCAAACUGUCAAAUUGUUUAUCCAGGCAUUGAUUUUCAAAAGAAAGAAGCUGGUAUUCCUAAAAAAGUCAUCAAAGUUGAGGAUAUCCCUGGUUUGAAGGAAGCCGGAUGGACUCCUGAUCAAUGGGGACAUACGCGAUUUAGAUCCUUAAUUGUGUCCGCAGACAACACCACAAAUCAGAAACAUUUAACUGGUUUCAUGCGCUCACUUCUGAAGUCAAUGCAUGACCAUGUUGAUGCUUGGCCAUUCAAGGAGCCAGUUGAUGCUCGCGAUGUACCCGAUUAUUAUGACAUCAUCAAAGAUCCCGUGGAUCUGAAGACUAUGUCAAAAAGAGUUGAAUCGGAGCAAUAUUAUGUAACGCUUGAGAUGUUUGUAGCUGAUGUCAAGAGGAUGUUUGCUAAUGCACGCACCUAUAAUUCUCCUGAUACUAUAUACUAUAAAUGUGCAACCAGGUUGGAAACGCAUUUCCAGAGCAAAGUUCAAUCAGGUCUCCAAUCUAACACAAAAAUUCAGUGAGGGUAACUGAAAGGCAUACACAUGCUUUGACCCUAUGAUCCCAGGAGAUCAGAUUUUCAGACAUUCCAGCUGUACCGUUUCAGCAAUAUAUGUAACAUUAGUGUUCAUAUGCUUAUCUAUAAUGUCCAAGGGGGAAAUUCUGACAUGUUCCCCGUGUAAUGUGAUGUAUGGAUGGAUGAAUAAUUUUAUUGACAACAAAUAGGAUAGAUUGAAUGUUGUUAACCAAAGCUCAUGAUAAU